AUGAGCUCCAAACAAGACCUGGAAGCGACAAACGUGGUGGCAGAGGAUUCAGCGGGCGAAGAUUCAUACAAUGAGGAAGAAGACGAGGAUUUUGAUCCAUCAAAAGAGGUGGAAAAGCAAGUCGAUGAGGAGGACGAUGAAGACGAAGAAGACAACGAUUACAACGAAAAGGGACCGGAUUACUCGAAUAUUGAAAGCGGACAGGGUGGACUGAUACGUACAAGACAUGGCAGAAUACUGGAGGAACAACAGCUGCUGGAAAACAAAUAUGAACAACUGCGAGAAACGGGUAUUUCACAGCAGACAGUCAGUGCAUGGGAUGAGCUUCAAAAGCUUAGUAACGAAAGGCUUCGCAAAAGCAUUUCUGUCAUGGGCGAGGAUUCGGCCAAUGAGCCCCAAAAUGGUCUUCAGGAGGAACUAGUACUCAUAGACCGCAGAUACGAGUUCGCUGGCGAAAUUCUGCAUGAAAAGAAAAUGGUUCCCAAGAGUAGCGCAGAAGCUCAAGAGUAUCUGAAUAACCAGCGGUUCAAGAAAAACCCUAAUGGACCCACUGCAACGGCUAAAGUUGCAAUGAACGACCGGGGCUUGAAACUGAGAAAAGUGCUCAAGAGACCACCCAUACUGGAACAGAUAAUAGCAGGAGCUCUAAAACCAAAACUCACGACUUUGGAAAAAUCGAAGCUGGACUGGGCUACAUACGUUGACAAAGAGGGAAUCAACGAAGAGCUUUUUCUGCACAACAAAGACGGUUACUUGGAAAAGCAAGAUUUCCUGAAUCGUGUGGAAACGUUCAAAGACGCCAAAUAUCGGCAGAUGCGUAAGACAGAGCUGCAACAGCGACUAUCCGGUACCUAA